UUGUGACACUAGCAGUAGAAAGCAGCAUCGUCAGUCAGCAGCGAGACGGUAAGCAGCAAUCAAUAUCAUCAUAAUGCAAGCAAGCAAGCGAUGCUUUAACAAACUCAAGGCAAAAUUAAUAAGAGAUCAAUUAAGAGAGCAACUCAGAUGAUCUGCCAGUGCCAUGUCUUGCUGGGAAUGACUCGUCAUGGCUUGGUGUUGAUCCCAUCAGAUGAUGGUGGUUGGAGGCGACUAGAUAACUUCGCGUCUUUGGUGGAGGUCAUCUGCGCAUCUCCUCAGUUGGAGCUCUUAUUGCGAUUCAUAUUCCGCUCUUUUCUUUUCUGCGCGUUUUUCUUUUUCUUUUCCUUUGUUUUCUUUUUCUCUUUCUCCCCUCCACUUAAGUCCGUUUCUUGUCCUCAGCCAUUCUCGUUCUUUUAUUCUGCUCAUUUCCCCUCCCCGCGCAAUCCCGCUAUCCACUUUCUGCUUGUUUAGCGGUCAACUCCAAGUGGGAGAUUGCACCUCCGACUGUCAAGUUUAGCCGUAUUUCUGUCGAAACACUUUUAUUUUUUAUGGAGGAUAUGCUGGUUGGUGAGUGCUACAAUACUUAAUCCUCCAAAAUCAA